AUGGCGAGUGACUGGCUUGUAGUGAAUGCAGACAAUGCCGAUUGCAUAACUAGCUUGAAUUGUUCUGUUUGCAAAACCUAUGCCGACCGUUUGAAAGGAAUGAAAAACUUUUCCACUGCUUGGGCGUUCACAGGUUCCGAAAACCUCCAGUUAAGCAAUGUGGAAGACCAUGCAUGCGGAGAACCUCAUAAGAAAGCAAUGGAUCUGUAUUUAAGUGAGAAGGGACUAAGUGCCACGGACAGAGCAGAGUUUAUAAGUACUCCCGGACAACAAAACAUUGCACUUAGUAUUGCCAACAUGCAAGCCAGUGAUCUUGCCAAGACAAGAACAAAAUUCGAAAUCGCAUACUUCAUUGCAAAAGAAGAACUUCCGUUGAAAAAGUAUCCCAAACUUUUAAAGCUGGAAGAAAAGCAUGGCGUCGAAAUUGGCAACUCCUAUCGCAGUGAUAAGAGCUGCAACGUUUUUAUUAAUCACAUAGGCGAGGAUUUGGGAAAGAAUCUUCAGAAGAAAGUUACUGAAUGUAAAUUUUUUCAGUGUUUUGACGGAUGGCUCUGA